GUAAAUGCAAGAAUGAACGAUUCUGAUUGGAGGCGAUAUUUCUAAUGUAAAAGGUAGCGCUAUGCUGCGGCGUUGUGACAAAUAUGAUCGCAUAGGUUUGGGCGCUAGUCAAUUUGGAAUAGAAGCGCUGGGUUAUCUGCGAUAAAGGUUUCAUGGAAGUGUAAUUCAUUUCAAGUAUCCAAAUCAUGCCUUCUCAAGUCGCCUGCUCAGACGUGGUAAUGAUUUAACAGCAGCAUAGGCCAUAACAGAUUGCAAGAUGGUACUGGAUGUAGGUGAAGGGACUAUGGAGCAGGUAGCAGGCCAAGGCAAUCUUUGCAAUGAAAAGCUUGGUGUAAUCAAGAAAGAACUACAGCGAAAUGGACUACGAAAUACUGCACACUUGUCACCUUCCUCUUUUAAUCAAACAAAGCCAAAUCUUAGCUGCCAGGAUCUUGGAAUGGUUGAGAACGAGUUUAUGAAGUCAUUGCGUGCAGAUACACGGAGACCAGAAUGCAAGAAGUCACUGGGACUAGAGGUAAAGAGACCUUCUGUGUCAGAAGUAAAAAAGACCUUGGAGUCAAAUAUUUCAAAGCAGUUGGGAUCAGCAGACAUUAAGAAGCUUAACGUAUCUAAGACGACUCGGGCUCCUGUGCCACCAUCUCGAAGUUUGACCAGCCCAAUGUUUAAUGGACACCGUGCUUGGAUGCGCCGAAGUGAGAGCACAUGUGCCAUGAAUGGAGAAGAAAUCGGGGGUCGCGGAAGGCUACGUCCUGCUACCUCUCUUCCUCAUAUUGCUAGAGCAAUGCCCCUCACUCCACUGCCAGUAUCGGGACGCAAUUCUUGCCUUCUUGUUGCUCUACGACCAACCAAUAUUGAACAGGAGAGAGAAGCUUUUUUUCAGGCAGACUUUAAAUAUGAACCACAGUUUGAAUAUGCAGAACCACGGCCCACCAGUGUUCUUGAAAAGUAUUCGGAGGGGUCUGGCCAGUUCCUCACACAGGCUGUGAGGAUCAUGCACUCUGUCCUCCGAAGAUAUGGCUCCUAUGAGAACUUUGAAUUAGCCAAUGGUGGCAGCAUCCUCCCUAAAAGCAGAGUUUGGGCUUCUGUGCGAAAGUACUUACAGAAAGAGGGGUGUGUGGGAGAGGUGGUGGUACGUUUAUCUGAAGAGCUGCUUUCACAGGCAGUAAUGAUGGUCGAGAGUUGCAGGCCAACUCUCACCAUCAACCUGGCAGGGGCACGACAGCACUGGCUAGAGGGCAUGUUGCGUCAUGAAAUUGGUACACACUAUAUCCGUGGUGUCAAUAAUAGUCAACAGCCAUGGCACAGCAAAGCAGGACGGAAGCAGUUUGGACUGAAACCUGCCAACCCAACUGAAGAGGGACUGGCCAGCCUACACAGUGUUCUCUUCCGCAAACACCCAUUCCUAUGGCGGGCUGCCUUGCUUUACUAUACUGUUUAUCAUGCUAGCCACAUGAGCUUCAGCCAGCUGUUCAAUGAUAUUGGGCAGUUUGUGCAAGAUCCUGCAGUCCGUUGGGAGUACUGUGUCCGUGCCAAGAGGGGCCAGACAGACACUUCCCUCCCAGGUUGUUUCAGCAAGGACCAAGUUUAUCUGGAUGGAGUCCUGCGGAUAUUAAGACAUCGGAAAACCAUUGAUUUUAAAAUGCUUGCUUCUUUAGGCAAGGUAUCCUAUGAAGAUGUGGAGUCUUUGAGAAAAUAUGUUGUUUUAGAAAAAAUCAGAAUCCCUCACUUCAUGAAAGAUGAAGAGCGCUACCUUGAACAGCUGGAUCACAUCAUCGCGGUCAAUGAAUUAACGGAUGAAGAACUGAGUCAGCUGAUUCCUCUGUGACUGUGUCCAGCAGCGCUAAGCUAACUCCAAUUGUGUGUCUCUCUCAGGUACAGAGCCGGAGCAAGACUGUCAAAAGUGUUCAGGAAAAGGUCCAUUCAGGGUAGGCAUGCCAGCCAAGGCAAGUUGUUUAAUUUCCAGUUUCCAUUAAGAUUUCUCCUUCAAUUAGAGUCAGGACUAAUUGACAUAGUACACACUUCUGUCCCCAGCUAUAUGAAUAACACACUAGGCACAGUAGUUCAAAAAGAAAGACUGAAGAUAUGGAAUUGGAAAUAAGCACACUUGAGGUCUCGAUUUUCUUUUUCAUGGGGGUAUGACACACACAAAGUUUGCAGUCUACGAAGUUUCGCUUGCUGGUUCAGUUACAGAAUUUACGAUAGUGAAAACAAUCUGGAUACAUUUUCCCAGCUGAGUAUUGAUUUUGUAUUGAACAUAACAUAAAAUUCUCAAGCCCCAUUAAUCCAGUUCUGGGUCAUGAGGAGUCGGACCUUUUUCCAACACGGGGCAUCAGACCAGUGUAGAACCCAAUCGAUUAUACAGCAACACUGACGCUCACCUGGGCCAAUUUGAAAUCGCCAUUUAACCUAACCUGCACACACAUCUUUGUGGAUUCCCAUGCCCACAUGGAGCCCUGAGCCUGUUAGUGGUCCCCCUUGGUGUCCAGAGUGCGCGCCUCCUGAGUUUACAAAACAGUUCCCCUUGGUGUUUAUAGCGUGGACGAGGGAGUGAGAGUGGGCAGAAAGAUCUGGAGCUUGUGUUGCUCAAGUUACAUUAACAGUGCCCCUUGGUGUCCAUAGCAUGGACCGGGGAUAGGGCAGGGCAGAAAGAUCUGGAGCAUGUGCCACUUGAUUUACAUAAAUGGCACCCCUUGAUAUCCAUAGCACGGCAGAGUUUACAGAGCAAGCACCAUUAGAGUGACCUUAAAUGGCACUCCUCAGUGUCUGGAGCGCACAUCCCUUAACUUUCAUGCCCCUCUGGUGAUGGCACACUAGGUGGCUGCCUAUGUUGCCUUAUGGACUGACCGGCUCUGACAGGAAGAAUGUACCAACUCCACAUGGACAUUUUUCAGGCAUGGCAUUCAAUGCCCAGGCAUAUGAUCCUUGAGGAUCUAUUCCACGUUGCCAGUCUAGAUUGAACAAUAUCACUAAAACAGCAUUUGUCUUUCACGUGUAAACAAAUGGUCCAAAAGUGCAAUUUAGAAAGUAGCCUAAAUAUCCGAUUUUGAAGUAAAAUAAAUGUAAUCUUUAAACAUCCUAAUAAUUUUGAAUAAACUGAGCUGUUAUCAACAUAAAAACAAGAACAUACAAUAAUAAGAAUAUUUUAGGAUACAAAGAAGCAGAAUGGGAUUUAAAUUUGAAUCCCCAGUGAAUAAUACCUUUUUUCCAAAGGUACUAAGCAUCACUUUUCUUGACACUUCCCUUAAUUUAACUAAUGCAAUGAACAUGUCCAGAGGAAAAGCUGGCCUGACAAUCUUGUACACAUUUUGAAAAACUGGACUAAUUUAGGUAUUGUUGUUGAAGUACAUGAGUUAAAGUGUUGUGUUCCCUUAGUGAAAACAGCCAGCAACAUGAAAGAGUUUUUUUAGAAUGAUCUGACCUGAGCUACCACCUGCCUUUACUUAUUUUUAACCAAAAACUGUGGCACAAUCUGUUUUAUAAGCUGCAGCAUGUUUCAGUUUAAUACAUAAAAGACAAAUAUACCUAUAAAAUAUUACAGGAGAGUUAGAAGGAAAUUUAAAGUUAUCAGCCUAGAUAAAAUGUCAUUCUUUCUGCACUAGUGAUGCCUUUUGAAAAGGCUGUCUGUAGCAGAGAUCACUUAAUCCAGUCUUUAUUUAAUUGUUGGUAAUUUGUGCACCAAAUUGUUGCCGAUUACUGUUGCCCAGCAUUACCUCACUGAGGCUGUAGAGAUGAAAGCUCUAUGUUAGAACCAUAAGCUAUUACUAAUAAAUUAAAUAAAUGUUUGCAAUCCCAAAAUAACUGAGACAAAGACACAAUGAACAAAAAUAUGUUAUUGUCUUGCAAAGGAGAUUGUUUUUGCUGCUUUAGUAGUCAGUGGAAGUCCUUCACGUGAUUGGCUGCUUAUUACUUAAUUUCCCAAUUAUUUGGCUAAUUCCCUAUAGCUGCCCUAGUAGUAGGAGCCAUGAAGAUGCUUUAAGUGUUAAAUACCAGGAUUACUGCAUAUGUAAUGCAGUACAGUGUUUGGCCUUUAUGUGCAUGGUUUUUGCACACUGUGCUAUUUAUUUUUAAAAUAUUUAUUAAAACAUAUUUUGCUAAAAGAAUGGAGAACCUUCCUUUUGAUGAUGGCAAUAUAUUAAAAGAACAUGGUAAUACAGAUAAGUAAA